CCGAAGGAUGACACUCCUGGUUAAUUCAAUCAUGAUUUGUUUGGCGAAUGUCAAUGUCUUAAGCGUUAGAAAUCUUGUUUAUGGUGUCCAAGACUAUAAAUGAGUAUUGAAGAUACCUGAAAAUUAAGUAUCAGCUUCCGUUAAUAGUUCGAGAAGGUUCUGUAUGAAGUCCACAUGGAUAAUGAACUGAAAGACGAAUUGUGUUGUCCCAUUUGUACGGAUCUUUUUGACAGUCCACUACGUUUGCCAUGUGGUCAUUCGUACUGUCGGAAUUGUUUGAAGGCUAUGGUGAGACAUCCGGAGCCCAGGACACGACUUCAAAGACUUUAUGAGGAUGAGGAACAAAUUGUUUUGAGUUGCCCAGAAUGUCGGCGAGGAUUCAUCAUGAACGAGCAGGGUGUAGAUAGAUUCCAGUCUGAUUUCAAGUUGGCCAAAUUAGUAGAGUUGUAUAAAAGAUUAGAAGUGACAUCUUUAACUGAUAGUGAAUCAGAGACUGCUGAUGUUACAAGUAACAAUGAUGAAGACAUAUCAAAUCGAAAUUCUGUUUUAUCAGUUGCUUCAACUGUUUCUGAAACCAGGCCAUCUAUGCAGUCAACAGAAGUCUGUGAAGUGUUAAGUAAUGUUCCCACAGAACUUUGUGCUGAUACUCUGGUAAAACAAGUAGAGACAGACAUGCCUGUGGAGGAACACUCUUUUGAUGCAAGAGAAGAUUGUGGUGGUGCUUGCGGUGGUGCUUCUUUGGGAUCAGUUUCACUUCCUUCAGUUUCUGCUACAGCAACAGUUAGCGAUACUAUUCCGGAAUUCCAUGACAACUAUUUCUCCAGAGUGAUUAAUGGAGAAAGUGGGGAAGUAGAAUCCUGUCAAGCUGUAGAAACGGGGGAAGUGGAAAUAUGUAGUAGUCGAGAUAAUGGACCUUGCCAAACUUUCAGGCAAAGCUUAGAUCUAGAGAGGAGGGAAGAAGUUCCUCCAGUGCAACUCUUUAGUGGACCGUAUGAUAACUUAGGUGCAAGUGCUACAUCUUCCCAGGGUGAACAAAUUUCAAGACAUAGAAGUGCAAGUCCAAAAUUUUCAAGUGGUAAUUAUGACAAUGUAAUUGAUACUGCUGAAGUAAAUAAAAUCGUUGCAUCAUCGAGUGACAUCUCUCAAAUAAGUGCCUUAAACAACCCAGUUCUUGCAGGAUCAACCAAUCAGAUCAGAAGAAACAAUGAAUCCAGCCAAUCACUGACUUCUUCAAAUUCAAGGUCAAGCAAAUCGACCAAUGAAACACAGGAUGGUAGCAGAAAGCAGUCAGGAGCCGUUUCAUUGGGUUGUAGUUCGCGGCAAACCAAUUCGAGUGAUGAUUCAAAACAUAAAGAAAGUGAUUCUUCAGAUGACGAAGACGAUUCAAGGAUGACGUCUUCUGUUGUUGUAAAACCGGCUAGACGUAAACGCAAGAAGAAGAAGAAAAAUCGUGUAGCAUCUUUUUUCUCCUCCCUACUGUUUUCUUCAUCCUCUUCAUCUGACGAGAGUCUCAAUUCUGAAGAAGAACGAAAAAGACUUGAGAAGAAAAGGGAGUCCACUCUGUAUAUGUUUUAUUCUUCUUCUUCAACAUCAGACUGAAUCGUGCAUAUCAUAUUGAUUAUUUGUGCAAGAAAAUUGAUAAUGACUUCAUCCCUGUUCUAGAUCUUUAUACCCUCUGUGGAUUUGGGUUAUGUGUGGUUUAUAAAAGAGUUCAUAAUCAGGUUCUUGCACAUUUCUCUGUUCCUUGAACAGAAUAUAAAGCAUUGAAUAGGCAUUAACUAACUCUUGAGGAAAAGACUCAUGUAUGUGUUAGAUGACACUAGAUGCUUAGAGAAUCUGAAAUAGAAAAUUGUUUAAUAGCUGUUGAAAAUCUUCAAGUGAUGAUUAUUUUGAAUACAUAGGGGAUCUAAUAAUGAUGAUAAUAAUAUUACCAAUGUUUUCAGAUACUUGAUGCGGUAAACAUUCUCUAUAAAAUUGAAGUAAUCAUCUCCUUUAAAAUGGUGUCAGUUAUACCCUUAAAAUGGUGUCAGUUAUACCCUUUAAAAUGGUGUUAGUUAUACCCUUUCAAAUAGUGUUAGUUAUACCCUUUAAAUUGGUGUCAUUCAUACCCUUUAAAAUGUUGUCAGUUAUACUCUUUAAAAUGGUGUCAGUUAUACCCUUUAUAUGGUGUCAUUUAGAUCCUUCAAAAAAUAAAUUAAAGAGGCUUUUCAUUAACCAUAGAAAAUCCAAACACUGGAGUACUUAGGGUUUCACAGUUUGCAUGAAUUUUUCUGUAAUUGUAUUUAAAACAGACAUAUCUCAGCAGCAGUGCAAUUGUUUACAUUAUGUAGGCCUGCAAAGAUCAACUGACGUCCAAAGGCCAAAUGACCUCUAAAGAAUCAAAGCACUAAUGAUUCUUAAAUAUACUCCCAUGAAUUUUGCAUGUUUCAGUUUUCUCUUGAAAUCAUACUACAAUAUGUCUUUCCAUGGAUACUACUCCAUUGUCCUCUUGAUUAUUUAUUAAUACAUUUAUGAUUUCAUUGUACCUCAGUAUAUCAUAUGUACAUCAUAUUUGUCCCCCGCCUUUCGGAGAAAGCAGGGGACUAUUAAAAUGGGUUCGUCCGUCUGUCUGUCUGUCACACUUUUUGGGACACAAUAACUCUCCUUCUAAUUGAGCUAGAAUGUUCAAACUUGGUGUAGGUGUUUAUUAGGUCAAUGCCUUGAUGGAGUUCGAAGCUUUGGGACAUGAUAACUUUUGAUCUAAUUAAGUGACUCUGAGAGUGAUGAAACUUGAUGUAUAGUUUCAUUACAUGAAUACCUUGACUAAGUUUGAUAUUGAGUAUUUUCUGCUCAGGGUAAGCAGAGCGAUAAGCAAUUUGAUUGGCCAAGACUUUGGAACACAAUUACUCUCCUUCGAAUUGAGGUAGAAUGUUCAAACAUGGUGUAGGUGUUUAUUAGGCCAAUGCCUUGAUGGUGUUCGAAGAUGAGCUUUUUCUGUGUGGGGUAAGCAGAGAUAAGCAAUUUGAUUGGUUGAUUCUUUGGGACACGAUAACUUUAGUUCUAAUUUAGUGAGAGUGAUGAAACUUGGUGUAUUGUUUCAUUACAUCAAUACCUUGACAAAGUUCGACAAUGAGCAUUUUCUGCUAAGGUUAAGCAGAGCGAUAAGCAAUUGAUUAGUCGAGAAUUUGGAACACAAUAACUCUCAUUUUAAUUGAGCUAGAAUGUUCACAUUUGGCGUAGGUGUUUAUAAGGUGAAUGCCUUGAUGGAGUUCGAAGAUGAAAAUUUUUUUGCUUAGGGUAAGCAGAGAUAUGCAAUUUGAUUGGUUGAUGCUUUGGGACACGAUAACUUUGGUUAUAAUUAAGUGAGAGUGAUGAAACUCUGAGUAUAGAUUCAUUAUAUCAUUACCUUGACUAAGUUCGAUGAUGAGAAUUUUCUGCUUAACCUGAGGAGAGAUAAGCAAUUUGAUUGGUCAAGACUUUGGAACAUAACAGCUCUGGUGUUAAUUGAGGUAGAAUAUUUAAACUUGCGUAGAUGUUCAUUAGGUGAAUGUCUUGACUAAGUUCAUUGAUUAACAUUUCGAGCUAAAGCUAAGAGCAGAGCUAAGCAAUUACAUUGGUCAAUGCUUUAGGACAAGAUAACUUUGAUUCUAUCUGAUAGAGAGUGAUGAAACUUAGUGUGUAGUUUGAUUGCUUGAAACUUUUGAAAAAAAUAAAUGUGCGAUUAAUUAAAAUGUGUCAUCUAUUUAUUUUGGGAUUUCGGCGGGGAACAUCAGCCUCACUGUUGGCUUGUUUAUUAUCAAAUGUUAUGGAAUACUAUAAUCUUUAUAUAGUUUAUUAUGAGUAUAGAUUAUUGCUAUAUUGAAAUUUUUAUAUAUGGUUCAAGUAUACAUUUUUAGGUUGCUUGUGGUUAUAUUAUAGGUUUUAUUAUAGGUUUUAAGGAGCCUUUUCAGAUAAAUUAUAAGGCAUCAAAUAGUGUGUGGAAAUGAUUAUCCUAGUCAUGUACUAAUCUGUCUGCAUAUAUAUAUACAACUACCUUCAUCAUUCUGUUUAGUGAAGUGUAGUGACUAGCAACGACCGCGAGUUUUACAACAUCUAGCCAUUGCUACAUUAGUCAGAAAUUCCCAAACUUAUAGGUCGUUAUCUCCCUUUUACCGCAGACACAUGAAUAAUAGCGUUGUCCAAUCAGGGGUUGUGGACACUUAAACACACUCAAAUAAAACAUUGCAACCUCUACGGAAACCUUGAUAUUGAACGAACCUUAAACUUUGCAACUCGAUUAUCACAGGUAGACAUUUUAACGAACGCACAAGGCUUAGUAUUCGUGACAUUUUCUAUCGAGGCUUCUGAUAGGCCCCCUGCUGGGUCAGUAGCCAAUUGAAAUUAGUGACAAAAUAUGCAGGGUAUUACGUGAAGGGCUUGAUAAGAUGUAUGGAUUUAAAGCGAGAUCAAGCCUUCUAUUGAAGAUGAGUGAAUAGUAAAUUCUACAUGAGUAAUAAUUUAAAUGUUUUUGAACAGAGAAAGAAAGAAAUGAAAUGGGAUUUAAUAUAAUGUCUUACUUUUUUGCACUAUCUAUGCUGUUAUGUCAGACCCAUUGUGGUUUACUUACAAUAUAAUCAAUCAAGUGGCAACUACUUACAUAUUGGGGGGACCUUAGAGACCCAGAAUCCACUUAAAUAACAGUACAUGUAUAAAAAAUUCACUUUUUAUUCUGUUUCUAUGAAACAUGUAAAUUUGAGCUUUUUGUUGUUUGGAUGAAGUAGCUGAUGAAAUUGUAUGUUAUAUUGGGGUCCAGAUAUGCACUACCAAUCACCAUUGACUGGUUUUUCAAACUUUCUCGGAGGAUGCCCCCCCCCCACAUACCCACCCACCUGCCCUGCCGCUCCACCUGCCCCUCCUCCUGCAUCUUCCCGAACCAUAUGUCCAUAUGUCCUGUUUCUUUCACUGGAGUUUUAUAUAUUAACAUUGUUGUAGAUAUCAAAGUUAUAUAAAAUGCUGUUAUGGAAAACAAGGUGAUAAAUGACACUGUUACAUGAGAGAACACAGUAAAUUAGUCUCGUUAUCCUACAGAUUUGUGUUUCUUGAUUUAAAGGGAUACUUGUUGACUGAGACAGUGAUAUACUUGUACAUGUAUAUAAUACUAAUAUUUGGACAUGGAAAUAAACAAGAAUUGUUUAUAGAAUAUAAUUAUCUGACCACUCUAAUUAAUAUUACAUCUUUAUUUCUUUCCAGUUUAUGUUUAGUUAGGGAGGGGGGAGGGGCAAGUGACUUAACGGGUGCAUCAGAGAUUAUAAGGCCUGUAACAGAAUAUGCAUGUUGUCUAUUCUUUUGGGUUUUCUCAUGGUAACCUAGCUAGUUUCUUCCCAUAUAUACCAUAUUAUGUUACUUCCAGAAUUACCUGUUUAUUGUUGAGUGGAUAUGAAACCCCUCUCUCUCUGCUUCCUAAUCAGUGUUAUAUUCUGUUCAAAUCUGGCUUAAACAUUGAUAUUGUUUGAUAGAAACAAAUUUGUAAGCAACAUGAUUUUGCAUCAACUAGCACAUCAUCUGUACUUCACUGAAUGGCGUAAGCUUGUCAUCAUUGGCCCAACCUGUGCAGAAAAGUAGGAUGUUAAACUCUGUUUCAUUUAUGUCAAAGAUAUGCUCAGUAACAACAGGUAUCAGGUGUUCUGGAAAUAGUAACCAUACCCCACAUCAUGCACAGUGCCUGUCACAGCUUGUAGCUUUAAGGACAGAAGUGGCCAGAGUUGUUUCCAAUUUUAUGGUUGAUAAUCGUAUCUUUAAAUUUUCCCUGGUUGAUAUAUUACCUGUAUACAUUGUAGAAGAUAUAUCACCAGUAUACAUUGUCUAAGGCUAUCAUAUCAAUACAAUACUAAAAUAGAUGUUGUUUCUAUAUUCAGACAACCAAGUUAUUAAUGGAAACAGUGAACCUACACAUGUUUUCUUACAUUGAUGGAAAUGGAAGUAUAUUGUAGACCUAUUUUUUUUUUAAUGAUAAUUAACUGAACUUACAAAAUAUAUUGUGUUUGAAUUUGAAUUUGUUAUUCUGUCUGGUAUAUUUUGUCAAAAUAUUAUUUAAGAUUUGUUUUUCUAUUAUUCUUAGAAUUUUUGUUGAAAAAGAUCAUAAUAUUGUUAGUAUGGGAGUGUUGUUAACAAUUUAUUUUGAUUAUUUUGUUAACAGUUGAAACAAUAAUAAUUGUCCAGUGGAUUCAUAUUUUGAUCUCAACCCAACCAACUUACAUUAAUUUCCCAGCACAUUUUAGUUUGUCUCUGUUUAAACUGUAAGGAAUAUGUGCAUUAGGUGCCUGGCUAUUUGGUCCAAAUCAAUAUUAGUUGGAGUUAAAUUGAACACGAUCGGAUCAUGACUAAAAUUGGGUGUCUGGAAAUCUUAAGGUGAAAUGUAUAUAAUCCUCCCCCCCUCCCUCAAAGUGUCUUAACUUCCAAUUAUCAUCUUCAUAAUAACCAUCUAUCAUAAUUUUAAAUCCAAGCACUGUUUCAGUCGCUAGCAAUGGUUCUCGGCAUCCCCACAACAUAAUAAAGGAAGAAAAAAUCAAUAAAAUGAUAUAAACAAGAAGAAUUUUAUAUCAUCACAUAUAUUUGAGUAGAAAUAUAAAUCUGAAAAUAAAGGGAAUGGCAGAAUUAUUAAUGUCUCUGUUUGUCAUUUGAUGGAUGUUUAAUCUCCAAUAAUCUAUAAUAUUGUGAAUGUUGGAUCUGCUAUAGAAAUAUCAGUCCAAAAAUUGCUGUUCUGCUCAGUAUUUACAAAGAUAGGAUGCAAAUUUGUCAACAUUCUGUGCAGACAAUACAAACUGCAGUGUGGAUUUAGGUGUGAAAAGCUUGAUAUUUUCUGAAAAAUGCAAAUGACAAUUAGCGACUUUAAUUUACAGGUAAUACAGGCCCUAAUUCAGAGGAAUAUUUGCGGCACUUCACACCUAUGCACGCCCACCCCCACCCCCUUCACCCGGCUAUGCCACUGCACUGACAUACUUAAAGCAAUGUAUAAUUGUAAACUUUACAUCUGUAGAGUUUAUCUUAUUGAAUAUCCCUCCACAUUUUGGAUAAAUUAAUUUAAAUGUCUAAUUUGGAAAUGGAAUAGUGGAUUGAUCACAAGAUUUUACACACAACCUAAUAUAAACAUUAGUAUAAGAUUGGGAGCAAAAUUUGAGAUCAUUCCAGCUUUCCAAACCGGAGGUGUGGGUUUGGCUUAGUACACAGUUUGGAUCGGUACCUUAUAUUUUUAGUUGAAAAGAACUUAAGCAUGGGAUUACAUAAAGACAAUAAGUAAUUGGGAUAAAUCAAUUCUUGGCUGUUAUAAAAUGGAUACAAUAAAACAAAGAACCUAACCAAACUGGGUACUGAGUCCACCUGCGACACUUGGAUAUGUUUGUUACCUUUUUAAAACAAGGACUAGAAAAAGAGGAUUCGUAUUGCAUCUGAUGCAAUAUUCAAGGAACAACUUGCCAAUUUAAUGAUUUAUAUAGGAUAGGAUAUUAUGAUAUCAAAUGCUCAAUUAUAAUAUUUUAUAAAAUAAUUUAAUAAUAGCACUAUUUUGUUACAUGAAUAUAAAUUAUAUCUGUACUGUA